AUGUCUGCUGUCGAGGAGAAGACUGUCGCCGCCGCUGCCCCUGCGCCGGGCGUGGAGCCCACUGCUGAGCCGGCUGUUGCUGCCGCUGCUCCUGCGGCUGAGGCUACCAAGGAGGAGACGCCAAAGGUAGAGGCUUCCAAGGAGGAGGCUCCCAAGGCCGAGGCCGCCAAGGAGGAAGCCGCCAAGGAGGAGGCUCCCAAGACAGAGGCCGCCAAAGAAGAGGCCAAGGAGGAGACCAAGAAGGACGAGGCCAAGGAGGAGACCAAGGAGGAGGCCCCCAAGAAGCCGGAGACGGCCCUCUCAAAGCUGACCGCCCGCCUCCCCGAGAUCCUCAAGAAGGCCGAGCACACUGAGAUGUGGGGCAUCGAGCUCAAGGACAUCGAGACGAGCAUCCCGGCCAAGAUCGUGCUGCAGAAGUUCCUGCGCGCCAAGGGCGGCGAUGUCGACGUCGCCGCGAAGCAGCUCGAGGACGCCCUCAAGUGGCGCAAGGAGCUGAAGCCCACCGAGCUCGUCGAGUGCACCUUUGACGCCGACACCUUUGAGGGCCUGGGCUAUGCCACCGUCCACAAGAACGCUGCCGGCCUGGAGACGGUCAUCACCUGGAACAUCUACGGCGCCGUCAAGAGCUUCAAGAAGACGUUUGGAGACGUUGACGAGUUCGUCCGAUGGCGCACUGCCCUGAUGGAGCUCGGCGUCCAGAAGCUCAGGAUCGACGCUGCCACCGAGCCCAUCUCGGAUGACCCAAGCGUGGCGGACCCCUACAAGAUGGUCCAGGUCCACGACUACCUCUCCGUCAGCUUCCUGCGCAUGGACCCUCACGUCAAGGCCGCCAGCAAGCAGACCAUUGAUGCCUUCGCCACCGCCUACCCGGAGCUGCUGGAGCACAAGUACUUCGUCAACGUGCCGACUAUCAUGGGCUGGAUGUACGCCGCCAUGAAGCUCUUCCUGGCGCCCGCGACGCUCAAGAAGUUCCACCCCAUGAGCUCCGGCACGACGCUGGCCGCCGAGCUGCCCCAGAUCAAGUCGUCCCUGCCCAAGGAGUACGGCGGUGAGGGCCCGAGCGUGAAGGAGGGCGAGGCUAUCAAGCUGGUCAAGAAGGAGCCGGAGCCCGCAAAGAAGGAGGAGUCCAAGGAGGAGAAGAAGGAGGAGACCAAGGAAGAGAAGAAGGAAGAGGCUAAGAAGGAAGAGGUCAAGGAGGAGACCAAGGAGGAGCCCAAGAAGGAGGAAAUCAAGGAGGAGACCAAGAAAGAAGAAACCAAGACAGAGGAGUCUAAGAAGGAGGAAGAGCCCACAAAAGACGCAGCUGAGUAG